CGGGUAUAUAAUACAGGAACAAUGGAGAUGCAUUUCUACCCUCAUUCCUUGCAAUAGAGCUUAUAUUCUCCACAACUGGCAGCAUGAUAAUAAGGGGACUAAUUAGAAGGCAUUUGCAUAUAGUCUCAAAAUCAAAAACCAACAUUAAACCGGCCUCUCCCACGCCCUUGAACCUCAAGCCUUACAUUCUUCCUUUACAUGAUCUAGGGUUGCCCGGUCCUUACACGCCUAUGAUAUUCUUCUAUUCCAAUCCACAAUCACUAGCUCAUAAAGCCACCAUACCAAAUCUACUCAAGAACUCUCUAUCCAAUACACUUUCCAAGUACUAUCCAUUUGCGGGAAAGCUAAGUUCUUCAGGAUCACGCAUAGAAUACAAUGACCAAGGCAUUGAAUUCUUUGAGGCCCAGGUAGCAUGUAAAUUAUCAGAAAUUCUGGAAAAAACUCCUACCAGGGAUGAAGAAGAUGGUUAUGGUCAUCUCUGUCCCCCUGGUACCAUAUGGGGACCUUUGUUGUCCUCUGGUAAUUUAAUGGCUGUUCAACUAAACCAUUUCUCUUGCGGAGGAAUAGCUGUAGCUGUGAGCCUCUCCCACAGUAUUGCUGAUGCUCUCACUUUGUUGUCAUUCCUAAGUUACUGGGCAAGCCUUUGCCGCGACCCUGACAAUGAAGAAAAACUUGUGCAUCUUAGUCCCACUUUUUUGAACGAGCUGCAGCAAUCAUCACCACCAUCAUGUAAUGAUGAUUUAACCGCCUUUGAAUUUUCGCAUCCUGAAAAGUUUUGGAUCACUACCGAGAUAGUGUUUCCCAACUCAAAGAUAGCGAAACUCAAGGCUGAGGUGGAAAUGCAAGACAGACAAGAUGGCCUAAAUCAAAAUUAUACGCGGAAUGAGCUUGUGACUGCACUCCUCUACAGGUGUGCUGUAGGAGCCGCAACUGCCUCAAACUCCGGGGCCUAUACUAAAUCUGUACUGAUGAAUACCAUAAACAUGCGUCCUCUCAUGGAUCCUCCAUUGCCAAAAACAAGUGUGGGAAAUCUAAUUGCUAUCAAUCACGUUCCAACAAGUACGAUGAAUGAGACAAGAUUAAAUACAUUGAUAGCCCAAAUGAAGAAAGGGAAGAUGCAGCUUAAAGGAACAAAAAGUUUGGUCGACGGAAAAAACCUGGCACAGAUUUUGAAAUAUGCAAAAACUGAUCACAAGCCUUAUUACGUGAGCAGCAUUUGUAAUUUCCCAUUAUAUGAUGAGAUGGAUUUCGGGUGGGGAAGGCCGGUAAAAGCUGCACUUGUUGACAUAGGUCUGUAUAAUUCAGCAGUUUUGAUGGAUACACCGAGUGGAGAUGGUAUAAACACCAUCAUUGGACUGGAAGAACAAGACAUGAAAAAUUUCCUAGCUGAUAAAGAUCUGCUUGCCUAUGCUUCUUUCUAGGUCUAGCUCUCUUGUUCAAAAUAAUCUGGUAUUGUUCCAAUAUCAUGGGCUAAGGGUAUUAUUUCAAUAUCAUCGGCUAGAACAAAUUUCAAGUAUCAAUCAAUAAUUAUUUCUGGAGACCUGACUUUUGGUAAAAGUGAGGCAGCAAAUAAAUGUGAUAUUUGUGAUU